GACAAAGGACAUGUAAGGCUGAGAAUUGCAGACAAAGCAAUGUGAUAGUUGGAAUACGACGAGUGGCAAUGUUGUGAUAAAACAGCUGACUGUCAAGACAGUGUAACCGGCAAACCGUUCGUUAAAGUCACCAUGGCCAUAGUGAUCUCGUCGCGGUCUAAGGUGGUGACAGCCCUCGUGCUGCUGGGCUUCGGGCUGGUGUUGACCUUGAUCAUCGGGAGUUCCGCGGGCUGGUUCGAUCCUUCUGAGGAGGACCUAAGUAUCCCUACAGACACAAGGGGGCGAGGCCGACAUGGGUACAUAGAAAAGGUGUACACAGACGAAGAAGAUGAGAACUAUGAACCACCUGAGCUGUAUAACCGAGACAACGCGUACACAGAACUCUCAGAUGACUUCCGAACCACCUCCACUGGCCGGACUGACGGACUACUUGCAAGGUCAGGAUCACUCAGCGAUCACUCAUCACUCAGCUCGCCUUUCCUUGGCGACAUUGGCAAAAAAUAA